UGACCCCUAACAUUGUUUUACAGUUUACUAGUUAAAGAGUACCAUUAGGUUGAACAGCCCGCAGAUUUAGAAUGAGGACAGUUCCACACAGGAUGCUGUUAUAACAACAUUCUUGUACACAUUUCACUGGUACCUCACCCCCAUCCUCUCCACAGGGUUCCCAUUGGUUCUGACAGAAAAUCACAUAAGCUGACCCGAUUACUCAAACAGACCUUUUAGCUUGACAUUGAUUCCCACUCAACGUAACUAUCAUGGAUUACGUCGGAAAACACAGCAUUGUCGAAAAAAGUUAGAAACCAGAGCAUGUAAAAGAGUUUGGCGCUGUCUCUUUAAAGGCCUUCAUUAACAAACAAACCAUGAGGCCUUGCACUUUGUGGCCGCCCCUUUUCCCCUCUGUCCACUGUUUCACUCUUCUGCUUUUCAGUGUUUGUGUGUGUGUGACUGCCAGUUAGCUCCUUUUAUCCAAUAAACAACAGAACAUAAAAUAGAUUGCUGUACUUUUUUCAUCUUAUGCUACAGCUAUUGACAGAGGCAGCAACUAGCUAUGACUUGCCGUCUGUUUGAGGGCAAAGACCAUGCUUCUUCCUAUUGGAAGUUCAGAAUCUCUCCAGCAGCUAAUCUCAUACAACAGGUACUUGACUUCCUGGAAAAGCAUAAAGGACAUCCCUUUGAGCUGGCGGUGGAUGUGGGUUGCGGUUCAGGACAGGGCACCGUCCUGCUGGCCAAACACUUUGCCUCUGUGGUGGCGACAGACGUUAGCCCUGCCCAGGUGGAAAUGGCUUUGCAGCAUGCCAAAGAGCCAAACAUCACUUACAAACAGUGUGUUGCUGAGGAGCUGCCAUUGGCUGACAGCUCAGUGGACUUGGUGACAGCCAUGUCUGCCUUCCACUGGUUUGACCGGCCACGUUUCCUGCAGGAGGCCCACCGAGUCCUGAAGCCCCGGGGCUGCAUGGCUCUGCUCAACUACUCCAUGGACAUGGAACUCAGCUACCCUGACUGCUGCUCUCAAACACUCAACCAAAUCUGCCAAGAGUUCUAUGCAGCCUUGGUUCCUUACCGCAGUGCCCACCUUGGUACCGGUUCGAUUGAAUUUUACCGAGAGGCUUAUAAGUCCCUCCCUUACCCUGACAAGGAGUGGCAUGAGAGUGUGCGUGUGAAAAGGUCCAUGCCUCUUUCCAGCUUCAUGGGGUUCGUGGAGUCUUUCUCCAGCUAUCAGACUCUGGUGAGAGAAGACCCACAGAAAGCCAGUGCCCUGUCUCAGGACAUCUUUCACAGGUUGAUGUCCCUGAUGAAGGUGUCCUCUGCAGAGACGGAGGUGGAGGUGUCUGUAAAAUAUUACUGCCUCCUGGCCUGCAAACCACAGGAAGCCUGAAUGACUGCUGCCAGCACUCACAGGUUCCAAAAAGUAAAAGAAAAACUUUGCUGUCAACUCUCCCUUUGUAAAGCAAUCUGUUUGACACCUCCCUUACAGCAUUAAGUGAUUUUCAUGUUACUUGAACGCUCUAGUAACAAAUGCCACUUCUUUAAAUGUAAUAGUUUAAAAUGUUGGUAUUUACUCCUAUGCAUGUUAUUGUUGAGAGCUAAAUGAGAAAAGAAAUCCUAUUCUUGUUAAUUAAUUCUAAAUGAGAAGCUGGAAGAAGCUGUUAUUUAGCUUAGUUUAGCGUGGCUUAGCUUAACCUAGUUUAUACUGGACCCUGGGAACAGCUAGUUUGGUGUUAUUGUCGUUUUUACCCUCCAGUUAUUAAAAAACUGAGAUAGAAUGUGUACUCAGAUCUUGCACUUAGGUAAAAGUAGAAGUAUCAGAGUGUAGGAAUACUAUGCUGCAGAUAAAAGUCCUGCAUUCAAAAUGAUACUCAAAAAAAGUAAAAAAGUAUCAGCAUCAAAAUACAUUUAAACUACUAUAGUUUUAGUUCUUAUUUUGCGAAUUGGUCCAUUUCAGAAUAAUAUGAUAUGUUUGUUUUUGUUUUUUAACAUAUUUUUGGGGCAUUUUGCCUUUAAUCGGAUAGGACAGUUGAGAGUGACAGGAAAGUGGGAGAGAGAGUCGGGGUGAGAUCCGGAAAGGACCACGGGUCGGGAAUCUAACCCGGGUCGCUGGUGUACGGUGCAGGUGCCCCAGCCAUUUGCGCCACGACCGGGGCCAAUAUGAUGGGUUUUGAUUAUAAUUAUUGAUGCAUUGAUGCAUGUGUUAUCAAAGCUGGUAACGGUGCAGCUAGUUUUAGUGACUUUGUAUACUGCAGGGUAGCUUGUGAAUUUAUUGUUGAUUAUAUUUAAUCAUUAAUCUAAAUCUGCAAAGUAACAAAAGAAAUCAAAUAAAUGUAGUCGGGUAAAAGUCCUCAAUUUACCUCUGAAUUGUAGUGGAGUGGAACAACAAAGUAGUAUUAAAUGGAAAUACUCAAGUAAACUACAAGUAUCUCAAAAUUCUACUUAAGUUCAGAACUUGACUAAAUGUACUUAUUCCCACCUCUGGUGACUUAUACCAAUAUCUUGGCAAAUGGAUUGAGAGAACACAAAAGUGGGAGAGAUUCAAAAAAAUAACACAAGAGAUUGGGAAAACAAUGGUUGUAGUAAACAUAUAUUAAAAAGUAUGAGGGGCAAAGUGAGGAUGUGAAUAUAUGUGAAAUCAGUAGCUACACUUUAAUAUGGUUCUGAUAUGUGUAAUCAUUCAUUUUCACUUUGAAAAAGGAGAGGCCGUUGUUUAUAAUACCACUAGAGGGAGACAUUUGAUCAAAAACAAGCAAUGUAGAGACUUAAAAGGAAAUUUACAGUAUUUUUUGAUUAUAUUACUUUUGCUUUAACUGUAAUUAACAUACAUGAAGUCAGUUUAAAAUGGUGCAAGUCAGUAAUUUUUUAGGGGAGUUCUUUUAUUUCACUUUGGGUUAUGCACAAUAUGACCUGUGAAUGUGUGCAUUUCAUUAAAUAAACUCAAUUGAUAGUAUUUAUUUAGCUUUUUGGUGUUUUAUUUUAAAAUAAAAUCGCUAGAAGUACAGUACAUCGUCAAUCUGUCAAUAGUUUAACUUAAUUUUCAAACUACAUUUCCCAACACUGCACACAACAGCUCAAAUAAUGCCACACUGCAUAUAUAUACAUUAUAUUGUAUAACUGUUCAAUAUUUGACUGAAGAAAGGAAAAAGUCCAAUCCGUGAGAGCUGAGACAAGUCUGCUGUCUGCUGGAGACAAAAGUCUGACCCAAAAAGACUUAAUUAUUCUGAGACAUUUUCAUCUUGUCAGGCUUAAAGGUCUCGUCACAGCCUGGGCCUCUUUAUAUUCAGUCUUAAAUGUUCUCUCUUCAGGCUGUCCUUCUGAUUCCUCUAAUUGUUGUUAAUUAUCUUCAUACACCUCACUAAGGCUAAAUUAACACAAGAAAUCUGAGAGUUAUCAAUCCUUAGAAAACAGAUGUAAUUACUGUGCUUUACGUGCAUUUGAAUAAACAUUUGACACAAACCUGAGCAGACUCAUACCUCAAUCAACAUAGAUAUAAAACAGAGAAAACUGAAAAACUUCAGUAUUUCAGUAUCAUCAGUAUUUAGAGCUAAAUCACACUGACUGAUUUCUGCCUUUGAACCUGCAAAGCUGGCCCAGAACUAAUUUGAAAAUAUCAAAUAAUAUACUGCCUUUUCCCUGGUUACCAUAUUAUUUGAUCUGAUCUGUGCCAUAUGGGAAGAAGAACAUGUGUUUUUAAAGUUUGUCAUGGCUUUGUAACACUUCUCCUCAUUUUGCCUAAAAAAGCCCAUCCCUCACCAAGUUUUUUUCCUCCCGUAGAUACAGCCGGUCUUAUAUGUGAUGGGAACUUUAGGCUUUUUUGAUUAUUUUUUUUUCAAUUCUCAGAGAUGUUGAACUCACACUUUUGUCUGUAUAUUCUCAGAUAGCUUCACAGUUUGUCAGUGACAGCUAUUGUCUUUCUAUAUGACAUUGCAAACUCACUGGAUUGAUUUACUUGCCUUACGAGUUUUGUAUCUUAAAGCACAAUCUUUUUUUACAUUACAUUAUCCCAUAAAUUCCUCAGAUUCUUUGUUAGUCUCACAUUAUUCGUGUUUGUGAUGCGUGUCAGGCCUGUUGUUGUAGCAUCCCUCUCUGUUUGUGUGUAAAUGCUCUCAGCAACAUUUCCCCACCACUGGAAGAUCUGCUCUGACAGAAUCCUGUGCUCUUUUUUCUUUAUCCUCGUUCUCACAAACAAAAAAACAUCCCAAAUGCCCUCAUCUGUGCGGUCUGGUCUCUUUCUUAGGUUUUGAAUCUUAGUCAGGGAGACAUUUAUUACAAACACGCUUUAGUGUGGGCAGUGCAGAAAUGUUCAGCCUUUAGUUGGGCAAUGGGUAGCUGUUAGCGUGACUUGAGGCCAUGGUCAGAUAUGGUCAGAGAAAAAUGCAGGAGAUUUUGAGUUGGCUAGUUUGUCUGUUCUGCACCUGGUUGCACAUGAGAAGCAAGUUUUUUUAUCUUUUGACUUUGAGCUAUUUCACUACCAGCCAUACCAUAUAAUUUAACCAAAAUUGUGUAUGUGAAUGAUACCUUUGUUAAAAUAGACUGUAUGACUGAUCAAAACAGGUUAUAACGUUUACUUUUAUCUUGAUCCAUGCAGUUCACUGCAGCAUGUUUUAUGUCCUAUAUAUGUCCUAUGCAACUACAACAAAUGAAUUGCCAUUUAGUUAUAUGCAUGACCUGACAACUAUUUCAGAGAUAUUAUGUUGUAAUCAGUUUACUGGUCAAAUAAAGUUUAUGUCUUCUU